GUUCUAUUAUUUUUAUUGCACAUUCAAUUUGUUAUAUUGACUAGUUCUACGUUUUAUGUUAAAGACCCACAUUUUAAUCCAUUAGCCAUUGGAGAAAAAAAUAUUUCCUUUAUAUAACGCGUUAAAAAGAAACCGCCAAAAUUUUAGAAAAAGUGGCCUCAAUAGGCGCCAACACGCUUAAUUUUACUGAUAUAGGGAGCCCCUACGAGGGGCCUCCCAGUACCCCACAAUCCGGUAUGGAUGCACCAGAUGCGCCGCAUACACCAAAAUAUAUGGAUGGCGGUACAACGACAACAGUACCCGGUAAUAUGCCUGGUAAAUCAGCAUUUGUGGAAUUACAACAACAUGCCGCCGCUGGUUACGGUGGCAUACGUGGAGGAUAUCAACAUUUUGGACCACAAGGUGGACAAGACUCUGGUUUUCCAAGUCCACGUAGUGCACUAGGUUAUCCAUUCCCGCCCAUGCAUCAAAAUUCAUAUUCCGGCUAUCAUUUGGGUAGUUAUGCGCCGCCAUGUGCAAGUCCACCAAAGGAUGAUUUUUCCAUUUCCGACAAAUGUGAGGAAUCUGGUUUACGCGUCAAUGGUAAAGGCAAGAAAAUGCGAAAACCUAGAACGAUUUAUAGUUCACUGCAGUUACAGCAAUUAAAUCGACGGUUUCAGCGCACCCAAUACUUAGCAUUGCCGGAACGCGCAGAAUUGGCAGCGAGUUUGGGUUUAACUCAAACACAGGUGAGUGAUUUCGAUUUAAUUAAGGCUUGA